AGACAUAAAUGUACCAAGCAUUACAAGGAACAACAUGAGCAGGGGAGAAGAAAGGACAUAUGUACAGAGAGCCUUACACAUAUGCGCUGGAGACACAGCAUUGCGGUCUGCACAAGUCCAAAUCUUUUGUGCUUGUGCAGUAUUUUAUCCACAUGUUCUCUGGAUACAGUUGCAGCAGUGUUAAGGGUGAGUUUUUUUUUUUGUGUGUGUGUGACCUGGCAUAAAUUAUGAGGUGUCGUGGUUAUGUUUACAGCAUGGCUCCAAUUCUUCUUCUAGAUGCAGUUUCUGUUCGCUGCGCUGUGUUUUUGCACAACCACAAACUGAAUCAGAUCAAUAUUCAGAGUUGAUAUGGCCCCUUUCCUGAAGAAAAUUAGCUGUUGCAAAGUUUCUUGUGUGCGGCCCCAGUUUUUUUUUUCAGUUUCCCAUGUCCUGAAACUUCCGGAACCGCCCAGCAUUUUGCAUCUCUCAAACAAGUUUGCAGGUUUUAACUGAGAGAGGAACUUGAUGAGAGUUGGAUUAUGUUCGCAAGCUGGAUUAGUUUAAUUUUGUACCUUUCGUCCUCUCCCACUAAUCUGAUAAUUUGCUCAACCAUUUCUUGUACUAGGCUCUGAAUUCUCUCACUUUUUCACUGCUGAUGUUUCAGAUGCAACAUGAACUGAUUUCUUUUGGAUCCUGUAGAUUAUGCAGGCAUUUCAAUAUCUUAAGACAGGUUAGCAUCACAAGUUGUUGCCUGUACUGUAGUGAAACAACAUUUAAUGAUCUAGGCACUGCAUAAUUGUUAUACAUUCAUAUUGCAAGCUCCCAUAUCUUAGAACAGCUGCAGGAUGUCAAGGACAAGGAUGGGGAUCUGCCACUGAAGAAGCCGAGCAGCAACCGGAGCUUGACUGGUUCGAGAAAUUUGGCGCCAAUCCACGUUGGGUUGGCUACAUCAUAACACAGCACUGCAAAGAUGUUCAGUUGACUGUUGCAGGAGUAAUAUGUCAGGUUCUUGGUAAGGGUGACCUGUGAAGAGUAAGUAUGCAUAAUCUUUGUUUACGUUCGCAGCUAUUAGCCUCUGGGCCAUGUACAGGUUGUAUCGGUCCAGUUACAGCAAUGUAUGCGGUGAUCAUUUUGUAUAUGCUGGAAUUAUAUGAAGCAGUAUGUUGAGUUUAAGACUGUAACUUUGCUUAAUUGCAUCAAGUUGGUGUUAUCAUCGUGGAUUGUAGCAUCGAUCAAUGUUCAGAAUUAAUUUGGUUCUGCUAGUAAUUUUCAUUGACUGUCAGCACAUUGCUUUUCUGAAACAUAAGUGGACGAACUGUUACAAAGUUUCUUGUGCAUCUGUAAACCCAUUCAGUUAUCCAUGUUUUGUAAAAAUCCGACUACGGUAUUUUAUACCUUGUUGAGAAUCCUUGGUUGGUCUGAAUCUCUAAUUUGCUACAUGUUUGCAGGUUUUGUUACAAUUUAGCAAAGCAAUUAAUGAAAAUUGGAUUAUGGUUGCAGGUAUGAUCUCUAUUUUCAUGGCAAAUCCUGGACCUCUUCAAGUCAUAUAUGUUUGCACCAAGUUCCUUUAUCUGUGUCCAAGAGGCUGGUCCAUUUCUCUUAUUAGCACCAACACCUCCAUCACAGAAAGAAACACACCCUUGACGACCCAUUGACCCUCCUCAACGAAGCUAUGGAGAUAGCCGCGGGAGUGAUGACCCCCUUGCUCCGCAAGCUCGGCGGCCUGCUCCUGGAUGAGUACAACCUGGAGAAGCGCGUGAAGAAAGGUGUAACAUCUCUGCUCACAGAGCUGGAGAUGAUGCACGCCGCUCUGCGCAAGGUGGGCAAGAAGCCACCGGAGGAGCUCGACGAGCAGGUCCGUAUCUGGGCGGACAAGGUGAGAGAGCUCUGCUACAACAUGGAAGAUGCAGUGGACGCCUUUAUGGUCCUUGUGGAGGGCAACAGGUACCAUGAGCGUGUUCCCAACAACAUGAAGAACAGAGUCAAGAAGUUCCUGAAGAAGACCACCAAGCUGUUCAGCAGAGGCAAGGCUCUCCAUGAGAUUGGUGACGCCAUGGACGAAGCAAAAGAGCUUGCCAAGGAGUUGGGUGACCUGCGUCAAAGGUACAUGCUUGAAGGGCAUGCCGGCGAGACCAGAGAUACCAUUGAUCCCCGCCUGGAAGUUAUGUACAAAGAUGUCUCAGAGCUAGUUGGAAUCGAACAUAAAAGGGACAAACUGAUCAAGAUGUUGAGAGAGGGCGAUGAAAAUGGCAUGCAGCAACCCAAGGCCAUCUCUAUUGUUGGAUCUGGCGGACUGGGAAAGACAACCCUUGCCAAAGCAGUCUAUGACAAGCUCAUAGGGCAGUAUGCUUGUGGAGCUUUUGUUUCGGUGUCUCGGAAUCCCGACAUAAAAAAGAUUUUCAAGAAAAUGUUACAUCAACUUGACAGAAAAAGGUAUGCAUCUAUCAAUGAAGCUGUUAGAGAUGAAGAACAACUCAUCGAUGAAUUGAAUAUGUUUCUUCACUGUAAGAGGUACCUAAUCUUAAUCGAUGACAUAUGGGAUGAAGAAGAUUGGCGAAUUAUCAAGUGUGCUUUCUCCAAGAGUGUCGGUAGUGCAGUAAUAAUGACAACCCGCAAAAUCAGUGUCUCAAAAGCAUGCCACUUAUCUGGUGAUGACAUGGUUUAUGAGAUGAAACCUCUUACUGAAGGUGACUCCCAAAGGCUCUUCUAUAAAAGAAUCUUUCCUCAAGGGAGUGAUUGUCCUAGUCAAUUGGAGCAAGUAUCUAGAAAUAUCUUGAGGAAAUGUGGCGGAGUACCGCUAGCCAUCAUUACUAUAGCUAGUCUUUUAGCUAGUAAUGAACAACAAAUAAAGCCAAAGUAUCAAUGGGACAACAUACUCAAUUCUAUGGGCCGUGGACUUGCAGAAGGUGGUAGUGUGAAGGACAUGCGGAGAAUACUAUCCUUUAGUUAUUACGAUCUACCUUCUCAUUUGAAGACUUGUUUCUUGUAUCUAAGUAUUUUUCCAGAGGAUUUUGAGAUUAGGAGAGACCGGUUGAUAUGGAGGUGGAUAGCCGAAGGCCUUGUCCAAGGUGGAAAACAAGAAAGUAGACCAUUUGAGCUCGGUGAGAGUUACUUUAACGAGCUUGCAAAUCGAAACUUGAUUCAGCCAGUAGAUAUUGAUGUGGAAGGCAGGGCAAGUGCUUGUCGCGUGCAUGACAUGGUGCUUGAUCUCAUAUGUUCCUUGUCCAGUGAAGAAAACUUUGUCACUGUACUGGAUGGUACUGUGCAAAGCAAACCUAGCUCACACAUCAAGGUUCGCUUGUUAUCCUUUCAAAACAGCAUGUCAGAGCUCACCACCCAUUGGGUUGAUGCCACAAGUAUGCCACAACUGAGGUCAGUCACUCUCUUUAGAACUGAUGUUGAUCUGAUCCAGGCUCUUCCAAGCUUUCAAAUUUUACGCGUUUUGGAUUUAGAAGGUUGCAAUCUUGGGGAAAGUAGCCACAAGGUUGAUCUUAGUUGUGUUGAGAAUUUAUUACACCUGAGGUACCUAGGGCUAAGAGAUACACGAGUUGGCAUUCUCCCUAUGGAAAUAGGAAAGCUACGGUUUUUGGAAACACUGGACUUAAGAGUUGGUGGAUCUGCAGAGGUGCCAUCAAGUGUUGUUCGGUUAGGACAUCUGAUGUGCCUAUAUGUUGAUCCGGAUGUGAGAUUGUCAGUUGGGAUGGGGAACCUGGUGUCCUUAGAAGAGCUGACUACUGUGAAGGUGGGUGGUACUGUUGCGAUCGAGAAAGAGCUAGGGCAACUGAUUGAGCUGAGGGUGCUUCAGCUUGAGUGGACUGGAGACGAUGAUAGUGUGUGUAGUUCCUUGGUGGUGUCCCUUGGCAAUCUGCGGAAAUUGCAAAGUCUAAUAAUUUUCCGUCAAGGCGGCUUAAGGUUUGAUGUCAUCUGGGACAGUUGGGUGCCCCCUCCACAUCUCCGUACGUUUGAGUUUGUUGGAUGUACCUUGACAAUGCCAAAGUGGAUUAAUUCAUCAGUGCUUCCGCUCCUCUCCAUCCUGAGAAUAGAAGUGAAGAGAGUGCAGCCGGAGGUGGAUAUUCAGAUCCUUGGGAAGCUGCCCGCUCUUCGUUUUCUCUAUCUGGAGACCACCAAAGUUCAGUACACCCGCGCCGAAAGUUUCAUUGUUGGCGCCGAUGCAUUCCCGUGUUUGAGGGAGUGCUAUUUGUACUAUUUUCAGACGGGGCCAUCUAUUUUUCCAAGAGGAGCUAUGCCAAGGCUUGAAGUCCUCUAUUUCUUUGCCCGAGCGCUGCACAUCGCGGGCGGUGAACUGGAUGUGGGCAUGGACCACCUCCCUUCCCUCCGGCGGGUCAUGGUUUCCCUUUGUCCUGAGAAAGAUGACAUUAUAGAUAAGAUUGACGAAGCAGCUGCUAUGAUUUACCCACAGAAUGGGAACAAGAGGAAGAAGAACGACGGUGACCGACUGAGAAGGUGGGAUAGUUGUGCUCUAGAAUCAAUCCUAUCCAUUCUAAUCUGCAGGCAAUUUUUUGUAGCGUGCUCCGAGAAAGCUAAAAGUAAAUAAAAGCUACUUCAAGGACAGCAGCAAGACAAGAUGAUUUUCAGAGGGGAGAAAAUAUCCCAUGAGGAUUAGGGUGCGGCGAGAAGUUCUAUUACAAGCAUGCGAAGGAUGACCAUCUCCAACCGCGGCCCCUCCCUCAAAACAGAGUGCUAUAUACAAAACGGAUCCGUCCAUGUCCAUCGGCUCCCACAUACCCAAUCUGUGCUAUCCUUAUUCCAUUCAUCUUUUCUAUUUUUGCACCCGAGGAGCUGCUUAUACUCUAGCCUUGAUGUGAGGUGUAGAGAUUAUGUUUACAGCAUGGCUCCACUUCUUCUUUUAGAUGCCCCGUGCUCUGUGCUGGUGCACAAACCACAAACUGAAGCAGAUCCAUGUACAGAGUUCAUAUGGCUCUUUUCCUGAAAAAAUUAUGUGGAUAAACUCUUGCAAA